AUGAGUUUAGAACAAUUACAAAAAGAGUGGAAUAGAGAUGGUGUCACUGUAUGUGAAGAUAAGAAUCUGAUUCAAGUUCGACUUGAGACACCAACAUCAUCUUGCUCAAUCUAUUUAAAUGGUGCUCAUGUAUCUUCAUUCAUUGUAAAUGGUGUACAACAGUUCUUCUUGAGUGAGAAAUCUGCAUAUGAACCAAAAAAAGCAAUCAGAGGUGGUAUUCCAUUGAUCUAUCCACAAUUUGGUCCAGGUAACAUACAAACACAUGGUUUUGCAAGAAAUAUGCAAUGGUCAAUUAAAUCUACAUUUUCCGAGGGUAAUGGUACUAUUGGUAUAAAGUUUGAGUUGAAGGACGAUGAUUACUCAAGAAACAUUUGGCCAAAUUCAUUCCGUGCUCUCUACUCUGUUAUUUUGCAUCCAGCUCACUUGGAGCUGAGAUUCUCCAACAAGAACACCGAUAUCAAGCCAUGGAAUUACCAAUUGGCAUUCCACACCUAUUACUCAAUCUCAAACAUUCAGAAUGUUCACGUUGAAGGUCUCUCACAAUACGAAUUCAUCGACAAGAUGAAAAAGGCUCAGAAAUUCACAGAGUCACGUCAAAAUGUUACUAUUCAAGAGGAAGUCGAUCGUGUCUAUGUCAGCAUCAAACCAGACACACCUAUUGUACUGGUCGACCAAUCGAAUCAACACAAGAUUAUAUUGAAAUCGGAAAAUCUAAACGAUGCAGUUGUUUGGAAUCCAUGGGUUGACAAAUCGAAAGCAAUGGCCGAUUUCGGUGAUCUUGAAUAUCCAAACAUGAUUUGUAUUGAAGCCGGUCAAAUAGAAAAACCAAAAUUACUUUCACCAGGUGAAAAGCAAUGUCACAAACAUUUCAUUUUCCCAUCAUCCAAACAAUCACCAUCACUCUAA